AUGGGGAACCUCUGGAUUAGUGGCUCUAGGUUGGUCGGCGCGACUAUCCUGUACUCUUCAAGAUGGCACUUGAUUUCCUAUGUAUACCCUCCACAAGCUGCGACUGCGAGAGAGCCUUUAGUAGGGGGAAAAGGACAUUACUUCUAUAUAACCCCUUGUAUCCUAGCCUUGCUUUCCCUUUCACACAAGUCUGCUCCGCAAGCCCUCCUGCUAAUAUCGGGCGUUAAACCCUCUUGGGUGCUGCAUCAUGUUCCAACAUUUGCAACGCAUCAGGAGAUAUUUUGCUGCAAAGCCCGAUUCGUUGAACCAACGUUUGGUACCAUGACUGUCCCUAUCAUCACCAAGACGUCACCAGGGCCAAAUACUCAUAACUCACUAACUUCGGGUUUCCAUUCCGGGCUGAGUUUCACGAUCUUCAAGUUUAUACAAACUGGUUUCCCACACCCCACAUUCUCUACACGCAAUCAUAUUCACCGUAUAAAAUGGAAAUCCGAAAUGAAGCGAGAGAAUAUGGUUGCAGCUCUUCUGGAGGUCUGUACCGUAUCAUGGCUCGCGCUCGCAGUUCUCUGGCCGGAAAUUCCCGAUGAAUGGGUGACGAUAAACGGUGCUCCUGAACAGUAUCAAGAGAUGAAUAGGUUCAAAACUUCGAAUCUUCUGCUUUUACACUUUUUUCCCUCCAAAGAACAAAUGGGCCGAACAUGGACUACUGGUGAUUCUUAUCUGCUUUACCUACAAUUGCCUCUAGCAUAUGAGACCACAGGGUAUAUAAACCCCUCCUAUCAUGCAAGUUCCACUUACCCAAUCCUUGAUUCCGUGGGUGAAAAAAACUACCCAGCUAAAAUCCAGAGAGUAGAAGUUACAGACACUCGGCCCUAUACUACGGCGUCCCCGGCUUGGAAUAAAACUUGUCGCAUACCAAUGAUGCUGCGGCCGCCACCACACAUAGGGGAAGAAAUUGAAGUAGCAAAGCCCGUAGGGCUUGCGCGCCAUACCGUGGAGCAAAGGUGA